ACCAGCAGCAAGAGGAGCUUUUAACUAGUGUAGGUAAUAGCUACGUAAAAAAAUGGUUUGCAUUGAAGGAAAGUGUGACCUUCGCAGUUAGUUCUUGGGAUAUUAUAAAUGAAGACAAUAAGUUUGAAGAAAAUUCUUGAAAAAGUGCAUAAAAUUGUAGUGAAUUCUCGUUUUGCUAUCGCAUAUUUUAUACUUGCUUCGCCAAAGAAGAGAAGCGAUAAAUAACGUGAAGAAGCUAAUGUGUGAACGAUAUGUAUGUGGUUGGUGUGUAGCAUAAUAAGAAUGUAAAUGUAAAGAGAACAAAGAAGGAACGUGUGCAAUUAGUGUAUGUGUGUAUGUGAGAAAGGAGAAGCACGCAAAGGCACACACAAAAUCGCUGGGAAGUGAACUGCUCUCAACUCGACAUUGUGGAAAGCUCUUUUUGGGGCUUAUAUUCAUGAGAUAUAAAUCAGAGUUGCAAUUGUGGAUGGUGGAUUUUUAUGUAUGGCAUGUCAAAAUAAAGCAGAGGAAAGUAGCAGUUUAAGGAAGUUGUUAAUAUCUGAACACAUCAUGUGAAUAUUCAAUUAUAAACAGGGGCCGAAAAUGGAUCUGUUACUCGAAUUUCGUGUUUGCCAUUUUAGCUUGUACUAUGUUCUAGUAAUUGCUCCUUUGAACUGCUCCACUAAUUUGGACCAUUGGGGCAGCUAGGAGACAAUUACUCACAGCAUCCACCCAAUUACACACUCGAGGUUUAAUAAUCAACGACAAAUUAAACCAUUAUUUAAAACGUGAAAACGCCUCUAUGAACAAAAUUGGAAUAGAUACACGAUAUAACCGAUCGAUAAUAAAUUACACAUGAUAUCCUAUGGUUUUAAAGCAAAUAUAAAACGUAACGAAGAAAUAAGUAUUUAUGUCCAAACAAGGUAGCCUGCAAAACAGUCUUUUAAAUGCCCAAACUGCAUAUUAUCCAGAAAAAAAGCUAUAUCCGAAGCUACAACAGCAACAAAAACUUUUAUACCUUUCAAAAUAUCCGAGAAGCUGCAGAAUACUGACAUUUAAAAAGUUAGUUUGCAAAAAAAUAUCCCCAGCGAAAGUGACGGUAACGGAAAAGUUGCGGGAGUCCGAAAGGAUUUGUGGUGCCGCAUCAAGUGGCAUCAAUAUUAAUAAGUUUAAGCAUAAAAUGGCAAAUACGCUUUCCGUCAUGACGAACGUUUUACGGAAUGUUGUCAGCAAGCAGCGAAUACGCUACAAGGACAAUGGAUAUAAUUUAGACUUGACUUAUAUAUACGACAAUAUAAUUGCUAUGGGUUACCCGGCGGACAAUAUAGAGAGUAUAUUUCGAAAUCGUUUGGAAGAUGUUUACAAGUUUCUUCAGGAAGUUCAUCAAAAUCAUUAUAAAAUUUAUAACCUAUGUCUUGAGCGUAGCUAUGAUAGCAAUAAAUUUCAUGGAAGAGUUGCUGUUUAUCCUUUUGAAGACCAUAACCCACCAACAAUAGAAUUGAUACAAAAAUUUUGUAUGGACGUAGAUGAAUGGCUGAAAGCAGAUAAGAAAAAUGUGGCCGCCGUACACUGUAAAGCUGGAAAAGGCAGAACUGGUACAAUGAUUUGUUGUUACAUGCUUUUUAGUGGACGGCAGAAAACUGCCGAAGAUGCUUUAGAAUGUUAUGCUGAGAAACGCACAAAGGAUCUCAAAGGUGUUACAAUUCCAUCGCAAAGGCGUUAUGUUCAGUAUUUUGCAAAAUUAAUACAAUCUGGUGUACCAUAUGAAAGGCGUAUUCUGCAAUUUUGUGAAAUUCGUUUUACUGAGGCUAACUUGUUGCACAGUUAUGGCACAGUGCAUUGCUCAAUUUCCGUGCUGGAAGACGAUGGAUGUUCUGUAAAAGUUAAGCAUCUGCUGGGGUUACCCAUCGAUUUUCGAAAAAGUCAUACACUGGAUUUAAAAAAUCUGUGUGUAGCCGGUGACAUAAAAGUAGAGCUGACGCAUAAAAAGAAACUGUUCCAUUUCUGGUUUAAUACAUAUUUUGUGCGCGAUGACGCGGUCGUUGAGGGAGAAGGUGAGGACGCGAAACUUGUGUAUACACUUAAUAAAUGCGAAAUCGAUGAUGCACAUAAAGACAAAGAGCACAAAUGUUUUUCGGAAGGCUUUAAGGUGCAACUUGUAUUCUAUGCGGAAACUUCAAUGCGACCUGGCUUACAAGCAAAUGUUAGUAGCAUAGCCAGCCAAAUUGUGAAUAAUCAAAGGAUGUCUCAAAACGCGCGUCUCUCUCAUCAGAGCAGUGGUGGCGGUUGCGAAAGCAGCAGUAGCAGCAAUUGUCAAUUGCCACAGAAUAGCAGCAGUGGUAGUGAUCUAAAUUACAUUUGUGAUCAAAAGUCCUCCUCAUCAGCAUCGGCGUCGGUUAGUAGUUUGGGCGGUCCGUUAGUGGGUGUUGGCGGUGGCGUUGGUGGCGGCAACGGAAGCGGCAGUGGAAGUGGCAGCAUUGGUGAGCUCAGUAUCGGUGAUACAACAAAUGCAGACUUCUCCCGCAUGGACAGCACGUUAGUGGGUGCACAAUACAUACAGCAUCAGCAACAGUUACAACACCAACAAAAACAACAAAUUUGCCAUAGGCAGAAAUACAAUGCUGCGAAAAAUAUCAACAGCGAUUGUGAAGAGUUCGAUUGCAAUACCGGCAUGAUGCCGUUGGAUCGAACACAUGCUGCACCAACAAAUACAUAUGCGUUACUUCCGCAACAACAACAACAGCACAGACAGCUUUACACGGCGGCGAAAAGCGUUAGUGAUGACUGUGAUGAUUACGGUGAUGCCGAUGUACGCAUCUCGUCGUUCGAGCGAAUAAAUGCUGUACCCACAACAGCGUAUGCGUUACAACCACAACAACAUCAUGCGGAACGGAUUUCUGUUAACUAUAGACAUCAGUAUAUGCCGACGAAUAACAUAAGUGGUGACUGUGAUGUGUAUGAUUGUGAUGUAGGCGUUACGCCAUUUGCGCGCUUAAGCGCUGCACCUACAACAUUUGCACUAACCCCACAACAACAACAAGACGCGCAAUCACAACACACUUAUGUGAAUUUGGAGCACAUGAUGACUGCAUCGGAUAAACAACAACUAAUGCAACACUAUCAGCAGCAGCCGCCACAACAGACAAUGAAACCGUUAUUCACAACAGCACCAAAUCAUGUGGCAACUACUUCGACAGUAGUGACCGCCACAGGCAACAACGUAAUGAAAUUCGGCGUACCGUCAACAACAAUGGGCUUAAUGUGCGGCAAAAAUAUUCUAUAUCAACCAGCAGUAGUGCAUGGCGAUGGCAACACCAAUCAUUGCGCCAACAGUGUCAGGCGUUUAGAUGAAGGUACAAGAACAACAAUGCAGACUAAUGGUUCAACUGGUGGCAGUGAUGUGAACGGUUGUAUUAGCGCUAACAGCAGUAAAAGCAGCAUUAGUAGUCACACAUCAUCUUCAGAAUCAACAACAUCGUGCUCAUCGUCUUCGGCGCCAACGUCUGGUGGAGAUAAAGAUUGCGAAGAAGAAGACUGGGAGUCCGGUGAGUGCCAUCCAAAAAUGCCACACACAGUUGUCCCAAAAGCAUUACAGCUAUCUACACUAUUAGCUCCUUCCAAGCCUUCUACGGCUAACAAUACUACUACUACUUUCAGUAAUACCAACUCUACCUUUCCCAAUAUUACUACUACUACCAUAACACACACAUCUUUACCUUCUACUGCUACUAUUACAACUCAUACCAAACAUAUUUCCACUUCCAUUUCCCAACAACCCUCGACAUUUUAUAUGAAUAUAAACAUUAAUAGUGGUAGUUAUAAUUGUAGUUAUUGUGGUUGUGAUGAUGAUGAAAACAAUACCAAUUUAAAAUAUGAAUGUAAACAUAUUGAAGAAAGAGAAAAAUUGCAAAAAAAUAAUUUUACCAUUAACGAACGACGAUCAAGUUGUGCUGCAGUCAAAUUGAAUGGCGACACAGAAGCUGAGUUUAGGUCAAAUGAAAAUACAAAUAAGUUCAGUACCGAGGUAAGGGUUAGUACUGAAGCAGGUGCUGCGAGCCCACUUAGUGCGUCACGUAAAACACAUAAGUUGAUUGCGUCUAAAAAAUAUGAUGCCACUGUUGGCAAUAGCAAACACAGCCAUAUAAGCAAUGUCAGCAAUGUCGUCAGUUCUUGGACGCAGAAGCCUAUUUUUCAACAAAAAUUCAACGCUAAAAAAUGUAGUGAACUCAGUUCAACAGCCAUUGCAGUGAAAAAAUCCAAUGCUUAUGGGACUUCAGCUGCGGCAAUUGGCACCGACGCUGCUAUGCUAGCUCUGAGCUGCUCCCCUGCGAGCGGAUGCAGUGGCUUGGCAAGCACUUCGCGUCGCAAAUUAAAAAAUAAAUUGAAGAAUAAUACGAAAAAAUUGUCUCAUUGGCUACAGAAUCACUUUCGCGCAAAUCCUGUUGAAUUUUGCGAGAAUUUCGUGCAACAUACGACUGCUAUGCGGCGCAAUAGUAACUGUAGUGUGAGUAGUCGUAGUCGCAAGCUGUCAAUGUCAUCAACGACGGUGUCAGUAACACCGGGUUCGUCAUUACCCAAGCGACAAUUGUUAGUGCCACCGAAAUUGGUGAACGAAAAAUGUGUUGUUGCUAACAGUGAAGGAGCGAAUGCUAACACUUAUGAUAUUUACGGUGAGAUGGUGGAGAAUGCGCUGAAAGGUGAAAGUCUAGCGGCAGAACCCGCCGCUGUUAAUUUACACAUAGUAAGUGUUAAUGGUGUUGUCGGUGAUGCGCGCACGAAAAUUUCGCUAUCCGAGUUCGAGUCGACAACGGCAUCAAAUGUCAGCUUGUCGACUGUCGGUGGCAGCACUGAACGCAGUGUGCACGGCGGUAGUGGUAGCAGUGAUACCUUUGAGGAUUUUUACUCAUCAAAUUGUGAUAAUCAGCUUAGCUUUAACAACUCGCCAUGUAAAAGUCCACGUUCGCUAGUCGAUAUAGCGGGUUCCAGCGCUUAUAGCGCAACGCAUCAAGAUCUCUAUGCGACCAGCUUGAAUGAGAGAAAUGUACAUUUGCAAAUGAAACGCGAGCAACACAUGCUGCGGCAUAUGAAUGUACAAGCGCUAGGACAGCCGCAACACAAUAACCAUCAUCAGCUGCAUCAACUCAAUGUCGUUGUAGUUGCAGCCAAACCAGCUAAAACACAUGCUAUUGGUUUUAAUGUUACUAAAGACAGAACGACAGAAAACUACGAGACAUUUGCGCAUGAGGAUAAUGCUGUAAACAUUCAAAACGAUAAUAAUAAUCGAGAUGAAGCUGCUUCUGCCAAUCAAUUGAAUGCUAGCGAUAUGUCAAUUGGCGCGAAUGUCACCAUUAUAACAACCGAGGAAGAUGAAAAAGUGAUUGAACUGCAAGAAAGUGUCAACGUUGAUGAUCGCGCUAAGGGUCAUGUGAGUCGCGAUCGAUUAGCACCGAAAUUUGAUUCUUUUGAUGAAAUCGAAGAGGAUAUUAUUCAAGAUGGCGCUACAACGGGUUCGAGCGUUUACUUCACGCCAAAGUUGACAAUUGGUAUUGGCGACGAUGUCAUUGAUGGCGCUGCAACGGAACAUUAUCCAUUCGUAUUUCCAAAUGUGCAAAAUGAGCUUAAUAAAUUAUCUAUGCAAAUUGCAGGCAAUAAUAGCGAUUUGGAAAAUGAAGUAUCAAGUAAGUGUCAUGAGCAAAGCUCUAAAAUGCCUACGCCUAUCAUAACUGCUGCCGGACAACGGUCAAAUUUUGUUGCAAACGAAAAUCGCGCAGAAUUGUCAAGUAUAGCGUUAAAAACAACAACAACUUCGUUGGAUGGCGACGCGACUAAUUCUAAACAUUGAUGGCCGCAGUUCAUGGUGGUCUUGCGAUUGUAAUAUUUUUAAUUUUAUUUUAACAUGUUUCUGAAAACAUUUAAAGAAAGUAGGGAAACUGGGCUAUGCAAGUUAACGGUAGAGUGGAGAUGUGUUUGUGAUUUUGCUAUAGCACAGUUUUUUACCAUUGUAGGUUAUUUAUGCAGUCAUAACAUCGGUACUAUCUACUGUCAAGCAAGUUUAGUAACCCGCGUUGAUUUGAUCUUAUUACUUUUCGUUUCUGCUGUGCUCCAACACUGCAUCAAAUUUAUUGCAGCAUGUGACUGCACGUUUCUUGCACAUCAUUAUACAAUGCUACUAUGUCUUGAGUUGUACUGUAUUUGGAACCAUAAAUAAAUGCAAUGAAAAAAAUCUGUUUGGAUAUUUGGAAACACAGCAAUCGAUUUUUCGGUGUUUUCCACCACAAUUUAUUUUUAUUAUUCUUACACACAUAUAUAAUUAUUUAUAUAUAUACAAAUAUGUAUAUAUGGUAUAUAUGCAUAUAAAUAUCAAGAUCUCAUACGACUUCUCGUAUAAAUAACAAAUGUACAGAACGGAUUAAUAUUCGCUGGUGUUCUAUUUUUUUAUUAUUAUUAAAAUUAGUUAAGUAAUUACAUACAUACCUAUGAAUGUAAUUAAGUUUCUUUAGGUUGCCAACAAAAAGGCAACAAAGUAUAUUUAAUCAACACUAGCAGUACUAAAUCCCUACUACCAUUGCCCGUACCAGCAAAGUGUCGAAAAACUAAGCGAAACAAUUUCUUAAAAAAAUUUUUAAUAGUUAUAAAGAGAUAUCCUCUUCAAAUACCCUUCAAUUUAAACAUACGUAGAUAUACUGGAUUAAAUGGAACUAAAUAACGGUUUGUCGUUAACACACACUUUACCUAUUUACAAAAAAAAAUACAUAUUUUACCGUUAACACAUAUUUUAUAUAUUUAAAAAGAAAUACAUAUUUGAAUAUACCCAAAAAAAACGUUAAAUAAUUAUAUAUACUAGACGUUCUUAAACCAACUUAACAACAGAUUUUAAAAUAAUAAAUAUUCGACGGUUUGAAAUAAAACAUUUAUUUUAUUAGCUAGUUUUAUAAAUACUUUGUGCUUAAAAUGAAAACACUAUAAAUUGCAUAUUCUUUAACAUUGUGUUUAGCACUUGUACUAAAUAUUCCUUGAUAUAAAUAUAUAAAUUCUUAUAAUGUGUAUGUUAAAAGUGAACGUGGAUUUGGUGGCGCGUUUUACCGAAUUCUUCUAAAGCCGCUUAACAUUUCUUUUCACAAUAAUUAAGUGUUGAUAAAUAUAAUAAUAAAUAAGCAUAGUAAUGAAACAAACCUUAACAAUCUGAUAAAUACAACAAUAAACAAGCACAGUAAUGAAACAAACCUUAACAACCUGUUAAAUAGUGUCAGUUAUCAGUAAUGAAACAAACCCUAAUAUGAAUACAGUGUGUGCUCUCAGUUCUCAUAUUAUUAAUUAAAAAUGGCUCAGCGUCUGUUCCAGCAGGCCAAUCCCCUGCAGUUGUUCCACACAAACUGCUCAGCAACGCAAUCCUUUAUGUACGAGCACCUGUAUUUGUUAUUUGCGUAAGUAGCAGCAACAACUUGAUCGAUCGUUCGUUGGUGAAAUAGUUUGUUUCUACGUUCGCACGCCGCCAAAAUUCUCCGUUAUUUUUUCAAUUUUUAAACAGAAAUUUAAUUAAUAAUCAUAUAACUUUAUUAUAGCCGUUACUCAAAUUUAAUUUGUGUGUGUACUUAGUUGCGAACCGCAUAGCCAAUAAUAAAAAAAUUAGCGAAAAUGCGGUUUAGAAAACGUUGGUAUAUCGCACUGCGAGUUUUUUAAACUGCAUACAAUAUAUUAAAUACUGAAAAUAGAAACAAUAACACCCAUGGUCUGUAGGUGCUCAGUGGUAAUUUGUUUUGCACUUUCAAUAAAUUAUGUUUUAGUAGAUACAAAUUAAAACUUGUUAAUAUUGCAGUCGUUAUUCUUCCACAAUUAAA